UGCUGUCUCUGGAUGACUGUUUUCUAUGACAGUCUAAGCGCAUGCAGCUCACCUGUGACACUCUCCCGGUGAUCGUCUUUGGGCUCUCGGAGGAUGACUCUCUCCCAUUAAGAGGAUCUCAGUGACAGUCACUCCGCAUGCUGCUCCCCCGGUCCGUCUCUCCCUCUGGGUGCCCUCUCACCCGCAGAGAUGCCUUUCCACCCGGUAACGGCGGCGUUGAUGUACCGGGGAGUCUAUACCAUCCCCGAACUACUGAGAGAUCACUCACCUACACAGCUCCCCGAAGACGAGAUAGAGGAGAUUCGAGAAGCCUUCAAGGUGUUUGACCGUGAUGGAAAUGGAUUCAUUUCCAAGCAGGAGCUGGGCACAGCAAUGAGAUCCCUGGGGUACAUGCCCAAUGAAGUGGAACUAGAGGUCAUUAUACAGAGGCUGGAUAUGGAUGGAGAUGGCCAAGUCGAUUUUGAAGAGUUUGUGACGUUAUUAGGACCAAAGAUCACAACUUCUGGGAUGCCAGACAAAUUCCGUGGUGCUGACUUUGACACUGUAUUUUGGAAGUGUGACAUGCAGUCGCUGUCAGUGGAAGAAUUAAAACGGUUGUUAUAUGACACAUUCUGCGAGCACCUGUCCAUGCGUGACAUUGAAAACAUUAUCCUGACCGAAGAGACAGGAAACCUGGGGACAAAAGGAGAUUGUCCCGUGGAUAUGGAGAGUUCCUCAAAUCAACAAAUUCGUCAGACCUGUGUGCGGAAGAGUCUGAUAUGCGCCUUUGCCAUUGCUUUCAUUAUUAGUGUGAUGCUAAUAGCAGCUAAUCAGGUCCUACGUAGUGGCAUGAAGUGAUCAAGACAAGGAUCCCUAAACCAUGGACUUUAGAGCAUCUCCUGCCCCUUCCCUAUCUUCUGGCCUACAAAAGGACUAUGGGACACAGAGGGGGGCCAGCUCCCCAAACCAUAGACUUUAAGGAUCUCCUUCACCAGUCUGAAUGUGCAUGGGAAGAAUUGCAUGGAACGUGCAUGGGCAUUUAAAUUGUCAGGUGACCAUCUGUGCUUUUAUAACCUAUACCAAGAGGGACUCUAUAGCUAUAUAUAUAAAUUAGAUGUAUAUAUGUACACGGAUAUAUAACUCUAUAUUUAUGAGCAAUAACAUUUUUGGUUGAAGAAUGGUUAAAACUUUGACCACCAGAUACAGGGUCAAAAUGGAUAAUGGACUCCUGAUUUUAUAUGCUUUCAAAUGAAAGGCAGCUUAAAUCGUCCUGGUCGUCCCCCCACCCCACACCCUCCCUGGUUUUACCUGCCUUAACCCCUGAAUUGCUGGAGGGGUCCAUGCUAAAUGUAGCUUUGUUUCCUCUACUCUUUCCGUAUGUCUAUAUAAAUAUAUAUUGAGGCUUCCAUUUAAUGUGUUAUCCGCCACCCCAGUGUUAUCCGGGAUUUUAGUGAUUCCUUAUACCCCUUUGUGGGCUAGAAUAAUUUUGCACAAAAUUAUGAUGCAGACUGCAGAAAUGUGUAUUAGCUAUCACCAUUCCUCUCCACUCUUCAUCCAACAGCUCCUCCGCUCUUACGCCAUUGAGGCUCCUUUUUGACCCGACAUUGUUAUUCUGUGUUUCCAUGCAUUGAUUCUUUACACUUUGUCAU